ACUACCAGCUGAGACACCGGUUAUUACACGCACGAACAACUAUCAUCACCCGGGGCCUUUUGGAAUAUUAUUUAGUGAUUAAUAGGUGAUUUUACAAGCACAAAUGGCAAAGAAGGCCACUUCGCUUUUCCUUCGGGCUAUGGAGAUAUCGGAGAAACAGUCGUUCGAUGUCAUGAGGAGAAACUCCAGUUGCACUAUCAGACAUUUGAGCUCCUGUGGCAUCUUAGAAACCCGGCGUGUGAGUUUACCACCUCCUCCUUCAGCAUCUUCCCAAAUGGUGCCCAGCCGAAGCUUCAUUAAUUUAACAGCGCCCCUCAUCAUGAGGAGAAUGGAGUAUUCAGAGAGCCGGAGCAUUAAUUACUCACCUGAGCAGAUGUAUGACGUUGUUGCCAAUGUGGAGCAGUACCAGCAGUUUGUGCCAUGGUGCAAGAAGUCAAAGGUCACGAGAGGCCGAAAUGGCGACAUGCGAGCUCAGCUUGAAAUCGGGUUCCCUCCAAUUGUGGAAAGAUACACCUCUGAGGUCACAGUCAUCCCCAACCACCAAGUCCGGGCGGUGUGUACAGACGGUUCUCUCUUCAAUCACCUCGAGACACUGUGGCGAUUCACUCCUGGAGCUGCAGGACAGUCUUGCAAUGUGGAGUUCUUUGUGACGUUUGAGUUCAAAUCUCUACUCCACUCGCAACUGGCUACAAUGUUUUUCGACGAGGUGGUCAAACAGAUGGUCAACGCUUUUGAGACGCGAGCAAAGAAACUGUACGGCACUGGCGUCCAUCGACAGCAGGCAUCACUCAGAAGAGCGAUCUGAGAACAAACAGAUCACACUUUACAAUGCAUCAGUUCUGGAGAAGAACACACACUCUUAUUUAAUCCAGUUUGUUGGAUUUUGGACUGCGCAUGCCAGCAUAGAUCUUGGCUGGACACGUUUGGAAAGCCUAUUUAUUUCAAAACCAUAUAAUAUAUAAUUUAUUGAGAUGUGCGAGUGUGUGUGUGUGUGAAUAAAUUAUAUAUCUGUGGAGUGAAAGAUGAAGAUGAUUGCAGUAGAAAGUGUUGUGGAAGGAUGCUUUUUCAUAUUUAUGAUUGUUCUGUUCACACGGUUGACCAAAGGGAGAAAAAAAAAUUCACCUCUAAAUUAUUAUUGAAUGCACUUUUUCCAGAGUUGUAAUAAAAAUGAUAUAUUUU